AUGGCUGCAGUUACCGCGGCGACAAGGUGGUGGAGGCUGCUGCUGGUGCUGAGCGCCGCGGGGUUAGGGACCGUGGGCGCCCCGCAGCCCCCCAACAUCGUGCUAAUGCUCAUGGACGACAUGGGCUGGGGUGACCUGGGGGUGAACGGAGAACCUUCCAGAGAGACCCCAAAUUUGGACCGGAUGGCCGCAGAAGGCACGCUCUUCCCCAGCUUCUACUCGGCCAACCCCCUGUGCUCACCAUCCCGAGCAGCUCUGCUCACAGGACGCCUGCCCAUUCGCAACGGCUUCUACACCACCAACGGGCACGCCCGGAACGCAUACACACCCCAGGACAUCGUGGGGGGCAUUCCAGAUUCGGAGCGCCUCCUGCCCGAGCUCCUGAAGGAGGCCAGCUAUGCCACCAAGAUUGUUGGCAAGUGGCACCUGGGUCACAGGCCCCAGUUCCACCCCCUGAAGCACGGCUUUGACGAGUGGUUUGGAUCCCCCAACUGUCACUUUGGACCUUACGACAACAGGGCCAAGCCCAACAUCCCUGUGUACAGGGACUGGGAGAUGGUCGGCAGAUUUUAUGAAGAAUUCCCAAUUAAUUUGAAGACCGGGGAAGCCAACCUCACCCAGAUCUACUUGCAGGAAGCCCUAGACUUCAUCAAGAGGCAGCAGUCUCAGCAUCGCCCCUUCUUCCUCUACUGGGCCAUCGAUGCUACGCAUUCACCUGUCUACGCCUCCAAGCCUUUCCUGGGGACCAGUCAGAGAGGGCGGUAUGGGGAUGCUGUGCGAGAGGUCGAUGACAGUGUCGGGCAGAUCCUGCAGCUGCUCCGGGGCCUGCGCAUCGCAGAGCACACACUCGUGUUUUUCACAUCUGACAAUGGCGCUGCCCUCGUUUCUGCCCCCAAACAAGCUGGUAGUAACGGCCCCUUUCUGUGCGGGAAGCAGACCACCUUCGAAGGGGGUGUGCGGGAGCCAGCAAUCGCGUGGUGGCCCGGGCAUAUCCCCGCGGGACAGGUGAGCCACCAGCUGGGCAGCCUGAUGGACCUUUUCACCACCAGCCUGUCCCUUGCAGGCCUGGAGCCACCCAGUGACAGGGAGAUCGAUGGCCUGGACCUGCUCCCUGUCCUCCUGCAGGGCAAGCUGAUUGACAGGCCUAUCUUUUAUUACCGUGGCAAUGAGCUGAUGGCCGCCACUGUGGGACAGUAUAAGGCCCACUUCUGGACCUGGACCAAUUCCUGGGAAGAGUUCAGACAGGGCAUCAAUUACUGCCCAGGGCAGAACAUCUCGGGAGUCACGACCCACACCCAGGAGGAGCACACGUCACUGCCUCUGCUGUUCCACCUGGGACGAGACCCCGGGGAGCGCUACCCCCUCAGCUUCGUCAGUGCCGAGUACCAGGAUGCCCUCCUGAGGAUCACCCCAGCCGUCUGGCAGCACCGCAAGGCCCUCGUGCCUGGGCAGCCCCAGCUCAACGUGUGCAACCCAGCUGUCAUGAACUGGGCACCCCCGGGCUGUGAAAAGCUAGGGAAGUGUCUGACGCCUCCGGAAUCUGUCCCUGAGAAGUGCUCCUGGCCCCAUUAGCACCUGCUGAACCCAGGCCAGUGCCCAGGGUGGGAAGGCUCUGUCUGCCUGGAUCUGAAGCUGCCCUGCCCUGCACUCCCAAGGCCGACAGAGGACCAGCAAGGCUGGAGUCGCCCAGGACCUGGCCCUGAAACCA